AGUCGUGAGAAGCGGUGUUGGGAAGUGGUUUGAAAUCGCCGGUUGAGGAAGGGCGGCGCCGAUUGGGUGAUGGGCGGUCAACGGGGCGGGGACGGCAACGGGCUGAGGGGGCGACAAGAUGGCGGCGGAGACUGUGGAGCUCCAUAAGCUGAAGUUGGCUGAACUGAAGCAGGAGUGUCUGGCUCGCGGCCUGGAAGCAAAAGGCAACAAGCAGGAUCUGAUCAACAGGCUCCAGGCUUACCUGGAGGAGCACGCUGAAGAAGAAGCAAAUGAAGAAGAUGUCCUGGGAGAAGAAAUAGAGGAAGAAGAGCCGAAGCCGGUAGAGCCACCCGUCAAAGUAGAAGAGCCUCCUGUAAAAUCGCCUGAUGUGAUUACGGAAAAGAAGGUAGUGAAAAUAACAUCAGAAAUAUCACAGAUGGAGCGAAUGCAGAAGAGGGCUGAACGCUUCAAUGUGCCUGUGAGCCUGGAGAGCAAGAAGGCAGCGCGGGCGGCUCGGUUUGGUUUGGCCACAGUUUCGACUAAAGGCCUCUCUGCAGACAGCAAGCCCACGGUAAACAUGGAUAAAUUAAAGGAAAGGGCUCAAAGAUUUGGGUUGAAUGUCUCCUCGCUCUCCAAGAAGAGUGAAGAAGAUGAGAAACUGAAGAAGAGAAAGGAGCGGUUUGGCAUUGUAACGAGUUCUGCUGGGGCUGGAGCUACAGAGGACACAGAGGCAAAGAAGAGGAAAAGAGCAGAACGUUUUGGGAUCGUCUGAUGCUGGUCCUUUUUAGCUUCAGCCCAUUUGCAGUGUGCCUCUCGAGUGCGUGCAUACUCUUUCUCUCUCUUUCCCCCCCACUUUCUCUCACUCCCACACUGUUUCUCUAGGUUUUAGUGAUGAGUAGACAGGGAAUCCCCCGUAGUUGUAUGAUUGUUCUACUUAUUUUUUCAAGUUACGACGUUUAAAAAUGAAGAAAAGUUGAGCAAAAAGAAGAAACUAUUGUCAGUGCAUCUCCGUUAGCCCACAGUCCUGCGGUCCGGUGGUUUCCCAGCUGCUGGUGGGAUCAUUUGCAGCAGCUCGCACCGGAGGUAUCAUCCGGCAGGGAGAGAUGGAGAGUGUCCCAGUGCCCUCCUAGUGCUGCUGGGAAACACCUGUGCAGGGGAGAGCCACAGUCUGCCCGGUAAACAGACAGGCAGAUAGAGCAACAGUAGGAGCGUGGUGUCUGCCGUGCAAUGAGGAAGGGAAAACACUGAGGAAUGGAGGUAGAGCAGGGUUUGCUCUGCCCUCGGCAGUUGCUUUUCUAGCUUAAGGACUCCUAGUAUGCUGCUAAUGCAAGGACCGGUUGUUGUCUGUUUGCCAUUGAAUGCCGUCUCCACCUCUCAGACUGCACUGGUCCUUUCCUCCUCCACCCCGUGAAAACAGGCCCCACGGUUCAGCUGUAUCAUGGUCUCUUCCUAGCAGCUGGGAUAAGAACGCGCCUCGUCUCGAGAGCACGAUGCAUUGCGUGAGUCCUGCUCUGGAUCUCUGGCAUCUUACCCCUGGCUCGUCCAGGAUCUGACAGGUUGAACAUCAGGGAAGGAUUUUCUCAAUUAUAUUGUCUCAUGUUUUCAAAAAUGGAAGUGGCGUCUGUGAUAGCUGACACGCGGGGCAGUUUCACGACUGCCUUCCUUCCCAGGGUGAGGCUAAUGGGAAUUGUCAGAGCAAGAAUUGCCGAUUAACCCUAGAUCAAGACUGGUGUCCUCAAACGAGGAGGAAAAUGUAGCCAUGCAUUUGCAAAUGGAGCCUGUUCUCACCGCUUCAUUUAUCCUGCCUUGCUAAGCCCUCUGUGUCUCAUGGCGUUUCACCUACAUUUUCCAGGUUCCUCGAAGGUCAGUGAUACAUUUCUCUCCUUAAAUGACAAACCAGCAGAAUUGUUUUGCCCGAUGUCUGUUCUCAGGCUGGAUUUUAUCUUGUCCUUUCUUUGCCUCAGAGUAGCUGCCAAGCUGGUUUAACUCGCAGACUUGCUGAAGAAGCCUCAGUCUUCUCCGAGCUGCCAGGCAGUGCAGGAGAGCACCGGCGUUAUCCUGGGACCUGUGUUUUGAGUGUGGAAGUUCUUGGUAGCUGUGCAGGAACACGGUUCCUUCUGCUGCAUUAUCCAUAACCGUUUCAGUGAAAUUACGGAAAAAAUCUGGCUGAGUCGCACCAAAGGCAGCGCUGCCGCAGCUUGUGAAGCGCUUCUUGCUGCUUUAGUGUUUCAUAUGGCACCUUUGUUCUUGGGGGGCUGUAAAGAGCCACUCCCCGGGGUGGCUUGCGCGGGUGGAAGAAGUGGUGGCAGUGGAGAAGCGUAGGACCCCGAAGCCAGGGGUGUUGGACUGGCAGCGCUGGGGCAGAGAGGAGCUGCCUGGUGCCCUUUCCUCCUUUGCCUGCCUAGAGAAUUAGUUUCACUCGCAAACAUUCGUUCCUGCUGCAUCUCCCACCCUGUGCAGAGCUUUCCCUCCACGGAUACCUCGGCCCCAGGCGCAAGCAGAAAUCUGUCUGUAAGCAGAAAUCUGUUUGUCUGCUUGGAUUUUUAGGUGGGCAUUGUGGCUGAAAUCCUUCUCUUGUCUGAAGACUGACAUCCUAGGAUUCUUAUUUCUGACUGUAACUUCUUACCGGAGAGAUGUUUGCCUUGUCCAUGCUUGGUUCUUUAAGAUGCUAGAGAACAACGGGUGUGUGUACAAAUCGAGCUUUUCAGAGGCUUAUACCUGAUUCUUGAUAAGCAAUAUAUAUAUUUUUUAACGUAGAAGUCUUCAAACUGCUUCUGUUCCAUUAAUGUUUGCAGUCUGACUGCAUCCAUGUGCCCUCGUUGACUCUAAGCAAUACCCUGGAUGUUUGUUUACUUUCCCAAAGGGCAGCUAAAAGCCACGGGGUCCGGGUUACGUUGUGUGUCUUGGGUUGUCAGUGGCUGAGUGAAUUGAAGCUCCCUUGAUCCUUCCUGAUUUAAUGUAAUAACGUUAUUCUGAUUUUUUUUUUUUGUAUGUCAGAUUUUGUAAGAUGUAUUUUCUAUUUGGCUCACAAUCUUUUUGCUGGUUAUUUGCUUGAAAUGUUUUGUAGUGUGCCAGGGCAAACACUGCAUUUCAUU